AUGGAGAGGCUGACGCUCGGCAUUUGUCGGCUUCAGUCGGCGGCGAAUGGAGGAUCAAUGAAGCUCGCUACGCGGCGGGCAUCAGAGCGCACUCCGACCAUUGAUCCAAUACAUGUGAGCGAAUUCGACCUCACCAACUUCAUCCUACUAGGAAGAGCACGUCAGACACUCAAAGUCCCGUGCAUUGCAUCAGGAGACUUUGCAGAUGGCCAAGGACUGGCGGCAGCUUUAUGCCUGGGAGCUUCUGGUAUUAACAUGGGCACGAGAUUUUUGUGCACCAUUGAGGCUCCAGUUCACCCAAAUGUGAAGCGGAAAAUCGUCGACGCUCAUGAGGCCGAUACAGUCCUUGUUAUGCGUGGAUGGAAGAAUACUAUGCGCCUUUUUCGAAACGCGACAUCCGAGGCGGCCUUGAAGGUUGAGCGGGAGAGUACAACGGGCAAUUUCGAAGAGAUUGCACCUUGUGUGAGCGGAAAGAGGGGUAAAUAA